UUUUCACUACUAACGAAAGCAUUAAAUAGAGGAAGUGAGAGGAAGAUGUGUGCAGAAGGUGAAAGGAGAAAAUACCCCAAAACUGUCAUCAGAGCAACAUUAACGAUUGUGUUCUCUGUCUUGCAUGAUGGGGCACAGUACAAGAUGUUAGGUCAACUGUAAAAACAGACUUUUCUUAAUCUUAUUCUUACUUUAGAGGGGAUGGUAUGUGCUACAGACUGAUUGAAGUGGAUCCUCUGAGAUAUCAAGAUUUUGUUCCACACAAAAAUGAAUGCUCAGACAGUUGGGUGGUUGGUAUUUCUGGCAAUAAUAAAAAAUAUUUCUUAUGGCAAACCAAUGCCCUUCCAACUGGAUGUCAGUCCCCUGACGGCUACAGAGGGGUCCUGCAUUGAGAUCAAGUGCACAGUCACUCAAAAGGUUCACACUGUUAGUGCAUACUGGUUUUGGAUAAAGGAUGGACGGUGGGAUAAGGUAGCUUCGAGAGUUGUCAAUGGGACUGUCAUUUACAGCACGGACGCUGCAGAACGUCCUGUCAGUGCAGACUUUGCAGAUAGAGUGAACUAUAUCGGUUCUCCAUCUCCCAGUUGGAACAGUUAUUCUGCGACCCCAAAAAGUUGCAGUAUUUUAAUCUGCGACCUAAAGAAAACGGACAACGGAGACUAUUCUUUCAGAUUUGUUGGAAAAGUAAAGUGGAUGACCAGACCAGUGAGGCUAGAAGUUAAAGAGAAUCCAUGCCCGAUCACUUUUGAGGAACCACCUGCCGUAAACGAAUUUGACACCGUAACACUCACUUGCUCCACUUUGAUGUCAUGUCCUUCAAACCCACAAAUUGGAGAUUUGACACAACUGUCUCCAACUCAGUUCUCAACGCCUCAACACAAUAAUGCAAACGUGAAAAGCACCACAGUCAGUCUCACUGUACGCUGGCAGGAUCAUGGGAAGGAGUUUUCAUGCCAGACAGAUGACAGAGACAAAUAUAUAAUUCGGAAUAUCAGUUUAACUGUUGAAUAUGCUCCCAAAGACAUAUCGGCUCAAAUAAGCAUUAAAAACAUUGUGGAAAACAAAUCUGUGACUCUCACUUGCUCCGCCAAAGGACGUCCGGACCCCAACUUCACAUGGUUCAACAAUAGAAAGGAAGUAAUUGGAACAAAGGCAGUAUGGAACAUUACGUCAAUUAAAGAGUCACAGAAGGGAGAAUACAUUUGUGAAGCUAGAAACAAACAGGGGACAAUAAAAUCAAACCCAGUCAAUAUUAUUGUUACAUAUAUGCCUGAAGUUGAGGUGACGUCCCCUGCUUCCACAGUUAGACAAGGAAAUAAAAUGACUUUGAUGUGUAAUGUGAAGAGAAGCAACCCACAACCUCACACCUACGUGUGGUCUAAAGAUGGGAACGCUAUUCGUCACAAGCAGUCACAGCAGUACGUUGUUGAGAGGAUCGAGCCCGAGGACAGUGGCCUCUACAAGUGUAGCGCCAGUAACACUGUGGGUACUCGAUACUCAAAGGCAUUUAACAUUACUGUUGAAUACGGCCCGAGGAAGACAACCAUUUCCAUCAGUGAAAAUGAUAAACGUGUGGGAGUUGGUAAAUCUCUUACAUUCUAUUGUAACACCAAGGCCAAUCCUGCUCCGGUUCGUUUCUCUUGGCACCGAUACGACAGCAAAACACAGCAGUGGAAGUCCAAGACAACUAAAGAAAAAAAACUACGCUUGGACACAGUAAAAAGAGCGGACGAAGCAUGUUACGUGUGCAAUGCAACCAACCACAUUGACACAGGGGAGGAUAGUGAGCCAGUGUGCAUACAAGUACUCUAUGCUCCCACCGAGCUUGCGCUGUCUAUGGACACUGAGGUCAGGGAAGGGGGGCUCAUCACCAUCAGAUGCACUGUCGAAAGCUUCCCGCCCUCAACGCUCACCUUGAAACAGAUUUCUGACUCAAAUCCUCAGACUUCAAAAUUGCUUUUCACGCAACCUGAUGAUUGGGUCCCGAACACUCUGCAACACUCAUUUAAUGUAACGUCAAUGCACACGGGCUCUUACACGUGUCACGCCACCAACAGCGAAGGCUCAAAGACAAGCGAACGGAGGGAGUUGGUGGUGAAAUGUGAGUAAUUCAGUGGUGCUUUGACU